AUGAAGAUCAUGAUGAGGAUCAGGAUAUCGACCACACCCAGCGCCGUCAAGGUCAGGCAGAAUGACCCGUCGGCCGCCCUGCCAGUGGGCAUGCAUCUUGAAAGGACCACGGGCGGAACAGGUGUGAAGAUCCUGGUAAAUGGAGCCAACCACAAGCUUGCUCCAAUGCAAUCGCAGAAGUGCCUAACGUGGAUUAUGAUGUCGUCAAAUGGCAUCACAAGACUAAUGGUUGUGCUCGUUCUCCAUCACCGACGUACUUGCAUUCAGUACACUAUUCUGGCUUCACUGUCAACCAGCCGAAAACCAAGCGCGCUCGCACCAGCAAUCUCCAGUGAAACAACAAUUGUCAAGCGGCUGGGGACUCAGGACGGUGCCAUUGUUGCAAAACGAAAGACACUUGGUUUCUUCCUGGAUCUUUGGGUCAAACUGCUGAAUUAUACCAAGGCCUGCUUUAGGUUGCAUCUUGCCAUCGCAGACCCAUUACCUGCAUGCAAGGAAGCCCUUAGUGACACUGGUAUAUGCCUGGAACUAAUCACGGAAUCAAUUGUGGCUUGGGAGGCACAAAACCGCCGUCUUGAAGCAGAUUUCUAUCCCCAGUACGAGUAUGACAUGGCCACUGUCAUAAGUGUCGUUUUCAUUCGAGAUUCCCCUAUCAAUACUCAACAAAUCGCGAUUAACGUUGUUCCUGUGGAGUACAAGCUGAGCGGUAGCAAGAGUGAGAUCAAACAGAAGGCGAAGGCGUUAUUGAAGAGCUCGACAUUUUUGUGUGGAGAAUGUGACGAGCGUGAUCGUACUUCUAACUUUGCGCACAGCAGCCUCCACUCUGUCUGCCUUCAAGCAUUCUAUGAUGGUGGUUCGAAAUCUUUACGACAAUUUCCCGAAUUUCAUCACACCAUCCCUUGCAAAGCCCUUCUCCUUGUCGCGACCAUUGUUCGCAAUGUUAUUCACGUCUACUCAAUGUAUGGCCACGUGAACACGAAGCAAAUGGCCUUGGGAGAUUCUGAAAAGGUGUACAGGAAACUAACGAGUAUGCUCAAGCAGGUCACAGAUGACGAAUAUCAUUGCGAGAAGCUUGAUGACGAGCUCCGAUCUUGGGCUGUGGCUGGCAUGACCGGGGUUGUUGUUGACAGCGAACCUCAAGGCAUCAAGAGUGAUUCUGACUGGGUGGUUGAACUCAAUUGA